AUGCAUACCGCGCAAGAAAAGGACAACGCUGUUCUGAUUGAUAGUCCUUGUAUGCCUGCUUCGCAACCAUUGUCAUUGACUGACGAUCCUGAAAUAAGACGAACUCUGAAAAUUCUUCUAAUUUUACUUAGUGGCAUUCUCGUCCUGGCUGUACUUGCUACAGUUGGUUCGGUUGCUGGCAAUGGAGUUACGAAUAAUUCCGAAUACUCGUCACGCGGUGUUGAAAUUAGUCGAUCUCUUAUUCCAGUUGUUUUUCUCAGCUUUGUAUAUUUGGUCGCUCAUCGAUACUCUAAAAUAGCCUUACUAGUGGUAUGUAUCAACUGUGGUGUGUUUUUUAGUUUGUAAAUAACAUCACUUUUGGGAAAUUCUCUUGACAAACUAAAUAUAGUCAAGGGCAAAAUCUUUUUCAGGAAGAAGUACGAUGUACAAGUAGUUAAUUACAAAAUCUAUGUUGUAUUUCUUUCCUAAUUGCAUCUGAAGUAAAUAUUUUCUUCAUAAAUAUCCAGAUUUACCGAAAACGAAUCCGAAUUGAAAUACCCAGGUCAAUGAUUCCGGAGGACGGAUACUGUAGGAACUGGCCG